CCGGAGCCGCUCGUCGCCCUCCCACCACCCCUCACCGGCUCUGGCAGGAGCCGAGCCCGCCAGCCGCUUGGAUGAUUUGAUUUCUCCCCUGUCCGACAUCACUCCUGCCCAGAUGCAGUGGAUAAUAUUCAUGUUGCUGUUAUUCAUCAGCUCCAUGGAAAUGCUCACGCAGAACCGGUGGAAGAAGCAAGCGAGUGCUGGCCUGCUGGAGAACUGCACGGGCUGCGUCCUGUGCUCUGAGGACAACGGCUGCAUCACCUGCCACCACCGGCUCUUCCUGCUUAUCUGGAGGGACGGCAUCCGCCAGUACGGGAUGUGCGUGCACACUUGUCCCCCAGGCUACUUUGGUGUGCGGGGUCUGGAGGUCAACAGAUGCACAAAGUGCAGGUCGCCCAGCUGCGAGAGCUGCUUCAGCAGAGACUUCUGCAUGAAGUGCAAGGACAAGUUUUACUUGUACAAGGGCCAGUGCUUUCGGCAGUGUCCCGCCGGCACCGCGGCGCAGCCCGGCACCCGCGAGUGCCAAGAGACGUGCGAGCCGGGCCCGUGGAGCGAGUGGAGCGCCUGUACCCACGAGAGCCGGACCUGCGGCUGCAGGUGGGGUGUGGAGACGCGGGUGCGGGAGGUGCCCGAGGCUGCCCGAGAGGAGGGCACCGCCUGCCCCGCGCUGCUGGAGACCAGGAGGUGCCGCAUGAAGAAGCACUGCCCGGGAGAGAAAACCGAACCCAAAAAUAAAGGCAAAAAGAGACAGAAGAAGCCGAAGACAGAAAGGCACACGGGCACCUAGCGGGCACCAGCGCGGGAGCUGGGGCACCAUGGAAGGAGCUCCCAGCCAACUCCUGCCACGGUGCUCCAGCCACAUCACCCCUGGUUUUCCAUCUACCAAAAGAAAAAAACAUUGCACAAUUUUCU